ACUAGAGAGAGGAGAAGAGGUGUAUGCCACAAACAGUGUUAUACUACUGACACUCAAAAUACCAGCACCAAACAACCACACUCUAAUACUGAAAAAAGCAAAAAAAUAUAUUUGUAUAAAUAUUGGAUAAUUUUAAUGACUAGAGCACCAAGAUGCUACUGAUGAUGAUGAAGAAGAGGAAAAUGUUGAUGAUGAAGGCGAUAACGAGAAGGAUGCUAAAAUUUUAAGCAACCAAAUUACGGAAACACGUUUUACGGAAGGUGUAAAAAACUUCUUGGAGUUUUUUAUCUUGAUUUUUUUGCUGGGUGCUUGUAAUAAUUGGAAAAGUUUUGUAAUAAUAACAAAAUUUGUUAACAAACUAAAAAAAUCUACUAUAAUUUAAAAAAUACACAGUUUAUUAAGUGUUCCUGUUGUUUGACUAACUACUAGCAACAAGAGCUGUUUUAGUAUUAGCCACCUUAAACAUAUACACACAUACUACAUCAGCAUCAACAUCCCUCAUCAAGUUGGAUUAUUCAACAAAUAACGGACCAUGGGAGAAAAACCCCGCUGUGUUAUCAGUUGCCACUGGCAACACAGGAAAUACCGGAAACGCAAAUCAAACACACACUUCUGCUUCCGCUACAACGGUCAUCAACAAUCAACAGUAUUCAACAGCAUUAACGACAAAUGUGGUUCCUACUUCAGCUUCGCAUUCUGCUGCUGGUGGUGGGGUUGGUUUACAAAAUACCCAAUCAAGCUUAAAAGCAACUCAUCACAAAUCAUGCAACAACUACAGCAGCAGCAUCAUCACCAACAACAACAGCAGCAACAACAACGUCAAUUGCAACAUCAGCAUAGUAUUGCGGCGGUAGGAAGUGCCCAUGUUCAUCACUCCCACUCGCAUAAUGUGUCACGUCAACUAACUCAUCAACACUCACAUCCACCGCUACAACAUGCCCUGGCCAAUACUAAUGCAAAUGCAACAACAACUACUACGGCAGCACAGCAUCAUCACCAUCAACAUCAGCAUACACACCAACAUCAGCAUCAUCAUCCUCCCCUGCAGCAUCAUAUAUCCCUCAAUAGUGGCAAUAUAUCAACAUCUGUUGCCACUUCCUCCUCCGCCUCUGCGGCCUCUUCAUCUGCAGCAGCUCAUCGUCAUUGUCAAUCUUCCAGUGUCAACAACACAUCAAAUAUGGCUAAUACGGUGUCAUCUGUUAAAGUAUCAACACAUCAUCAUGCUCGUCAUCAUUUGACGCCUCAACACCGAUCCCUAUCACAACAACAUGCUGCUGCAACUCUAAGACGUCGUACUCUAAGUCAUGUGCCACGUUCUUAUUCAGCAUCUGCCGCCACUAGUGCUGGAUCUAGUGGGGAUCAAAAUACUAAUACUUUAACAUCGUCUUUACGCGCAAGUGGUAAAGGUGGCAGUGGAGGCGGAGGAUCAGGUCAUAAUGUUGUUGUUGUAGAACGUUCUCGUUGUCGUUCACCUAUGAUGUUGUGCCACAGUCAUAGUGAUGGUGAAUUUCCUAUGUACAAAGGUGAGUGUUAA